UUUAUUUUAUUCGAUUCUUUUUAUUUCAUUCCAAAAACAAUUAAACUUUAUUCGAUUCUUUAUUUUUAAUUUUAUUUUAUUUUAUUGGGUGCAUACUGCAAUUAAUUCUCAAUUAAACUUUCUAAAAAAAAAACUCAAUUAAACUCUUCACUUCCUCAGUUUAUCUCAUUCACUCUGUUUCUCUUUCCUUAAUAAUUUCCUCUGUCAUUUCCCCCAAAUUAAUUCAUAAUAAUUCAAUUUCUCAGGAAAAAAAACCCAAUUCAAUUUCAUCUUCUCUCACAUUCUUGUUUGAUCAUAAUUUUCCAAUGACAGGGGAAAUUCCAGUGAAGAAUGAAGAAGAUAAUGGCGGGAAGAAUUCAUUGUUAAGGGAUGCAAUAGAACUAGAGAUAGAUAAGGAGAAGAAGAAGAUUAGGGAAGAGAUCAUUGCUGCUGAGAUCAUUCGACGUCGAAAACUCGAAGCCGAGGUUAGAAUGGAGCUUAUGAUGGAGGAAGAAAUCAUGGGUAUGAGGCGUUUUUAUAGGGAUUCUAAUUGUGUUGAUCCUUAUAUGUUAAUGAAUUAUCCAUCAGGGUUUUCGGGUUUUCGAGGCGGAUCAUCUUAUUUGCAUAAUAAUUUGCUUAAUGUAGGGAAUUCUGUUGAUGAAAUUGGGCAGAAAAUGAAUUUGGUUGGUGGAACUGAUGAUGAUUCAUUGCAAAUUAAGAGUAAUGUGUUAAAUGAUGAUCAUGUUGCAAGUUUGGUUGGUGCUCAAUUUGCAGGAAAAUCUAUGGCUGAUUUUGGUGGGAAUGAACAGCAAGUGUUGGGUCAGGCUAUGCCUAGUUCAGGCAUCUCUGGCAUGAAAAGGAAAGCUGAAACAUCAGUAGCAGGAAGUGAUGAAGAGACGGCUUCUGUUGCGAGUAAGGACUUGCAGAAGAAAAAAUGGAAUUGCUCCUUGUGUGGAGUUUCUGCUACAUCAGCAGGAGGGUUGAAUCUGCAUUUACAUGGGAAGAAGCACAAAGCAAAGGAAGCUGUGACUAAAUCUGGUGACACAGCCAGCAUUAAUAGCACUGAAAAUAAUUCCGUUGAAAAUUCAAGGCAGCCUAUGGAGCAAGCAUUGGAAAGCUUGGCACAGUUUGAGGAGGAAGAGCAAAACCAAGAACAACCAAUGGAGGAAGAAAAAACCAAAGUGCAGUCGAUGGAGGAAGAAAAAAUCAAUGUGCAGCCGAUGGAGGAAGAGAAGAGCCAAGUUACCAAGAAAUGGGAGUGCUCUUUGUGUCAAAUAUCUGCUACUUCCGAAAUACUCCUACAUAGUCAUCUCCAAGGAAAGAAGCACAAAGCGAAGGAGGCUAGGCUUGGAGUUAGUCAAGGAAUGCGCACUGAAACAGAUAAGGGAAAGAAUGAGAACAUACACAAAUGGUACUGUUCAUUAUGCCAAGUAUCGGCUGCAUCAGAGAAAAACUUGAAUGAUCAUUAUAAAGGAAAAAAACACAAGGCUAAGGCAGGGUUGGCUCAUCAAGAGGAUGGUAAUGGGGAUUCUGAUUCAGUUUUCAGAGAAAAGAGCUUGGAGAGCGAGGAGGGCCUCAAUAAUGAAGAAGUAACUAAUGAAAGUAUGAAGCCAGGCAAAAGCCAAGCAAGUGAGCAAGAAAUAGUCAACACACUGAACACUGUAAAGAUCGGAAAAGAUAGGGAUAAAGCAGAGACAGAAGAAUUGAAGAAAAGUGGUUAUAGUCAGGAGAUGAAUGGGAAACCUGUGAAGUUAUGGCACUGCAAGAUGUGCAAUGAAGGAACUUACGAUGAAGCAACAAUGGCUAAUCACAGAAAGAGUAGUAAACACAUGAAAUUACUACGAGAGAUUGGCGGUGGUCUCAUAGUUGUGUCAAAUGUGCCGAAGGAAGCAGUAGAAGGUGAGCAAGGCUCCCAAGAUGCAGCAGUAGAAUGUUGAGCUAUAUGAGAACAAAAUUUGAUCUGACAAUUGAAAGCUGGUGAAUUGGUGAACUAAAUAGCACAAAAGGCUAAUCUAAGGUUGUUAGAUUUAUCUUCUCAGUACAUUUGCUCUUUUUUUUUUUUUUUUUUUUUUUUUUUUUUUUUUUUUUUUUUUUUUUUUUUUUUUUUUUUUUUAAAUGUUAUGUAGAAUUUAGCAAAGGUUUACCUUUGGCCACGAAAAUAUGCUUCCAUUUCACGGCAAUUGACACUUCUAACUAGUUAAUAAGAAGUAAUCAAAAGAAAUGCAGUUGGUUAGAAAUUAAUCUUCUUGCUAUUUGUUGAGAUACCACUUAUAAUUACUAGCCUAGUAAUCCAUACCAUGAUUCCAUAGUCAGGGACAGAGGUAUGGUGUAUGAUACAGGUUCAAGUGAACGCACUUGUUUAUCGAAUGAUAGCCAAGACAGACCCAUUUAAUGACACAGGUUACCUCCGGCACUGUCAAUAUUUGGGUGUGCAUACAUUACUCAACCAUCUGAAACACCCGAAUCUGAAACAAUUGAGCAUUAUAUUCUGCACUUGAUCAUUCUCCUCUUUUAGGUAUGAUGUCGUCAUUAAAAGGAUCCUACAAUCAUAUUCAUUCAUACAGUAUGUGUACGGUAAGGGAUGAAAGAUCAGGGGCGUCGUGGCAAGGGAAAAGGGGAUCUUUGGCACUUUGCCUCCGAGUUGGUGCAACCGUGCAAGUAAAUAUCGUAGGAUCCUACUAAUGUGAAGCUUCACAGUAACAAAGCUAAAAUAACUCAAGUAGACAAUUUGGGCAAAUUUUCCCAUAACCACUGCAACCUAAAGCUAGACAGGUGAAACUUGAGAUUACUAGUGUCAAUGACCUUAAGACACUUCCAAAUCCCAGUAAUCAUUCACAAUUCCAAAUCAUGCUGUGAAGAGUAGAUCACAUACCAUCACAUUUGCUUAUGCAACCAUCAGUAUACCAUUAUGCAACCGGGUAUGCAGCUCGACAUUGUAGAUACCAAAACAGAAUAAA